ACUAUAAAUACGGGAAAGUUGCACAUCAGCUUUUGUCGAUCUUCUCAGUUCGACUGCGGAAGGAGGAAGGUGUUCGUAAGGCAUGCAUUUCGUCAAAAGAUUCCUAAAACUCCACAUCGAGUAGUUCAAAUAAUGAUAAAAUUGACAGUUCAGAUCGUAUAGCCAAAAAUGAAGUCGAGUUUGGAGUGAUUUGGGACUCCUCGUAGCGUGUAAAAAUCCACCUUUUUUCGACACUGCUGUCGAGGACAAAAAAGGAAUUGCGCCACAGAUUGAGUGCGUGUCAUAUAUGAUUACGUAGGCUGCUACUGACUGUAUCGCACCAUAAUGGCGCUUCAGUUUCACGACUCCAAAGCCCCGAUGCGGGAUGUCAGACGCGUGCAGUUUGGUGUCCUCAGCCCCCAGGAAAUGCGUCGCAUGUCGGUGGUAGAGGGUGGCAUCAAGUAUGCUGAGGUCAUGGAAGGUGGCAAGCCCAAGCUGGGUGGUCUGAUGGACCCUCGUCAGGGUUGCGUGGACCGCGCCUCUCGCUGUCAGACCUGCGCCUGCAACCAGGUGGACUGCCCAGGCCACUUUGCCCACAUUGAGCUUGCCAAGCCUGUAUUCCACCCAGGCUUCCUGACGAAGACUGUCAAGAUCCUGCGCUGCGUUUGCUUCUUCUGUUCCAAAAUGUUGGUGGACCAGAACCACCCCAAAGUCAAAGAGAUCCUGAGUAAGUCCAAGGGUUUCCCUCGCAAGCGCCUAGCCCACAUCUACGAUGUUUGCCGGACCAAGAAGAUCUGUGAGGGCGGAGAGGAGAUGGACCAGACUUUCAAUGCCGACUUAGCCAAACGAGAGGGGGAAGCACCAGAACCUAGAAAUCAGGGUCAUGGUGGCUGUGGAAGGUACCAGCCCCAGAUCCGCCGGGCUGGACUGGACCUGACAGCAGAGUGGAAGCAUGUCAAUGAGGACACGCAGGAGCGCAAGAUUGCCUUGACAGCUGAACGUGUCCAUGAGAUCUUCAAGCGCAUCUCAGAUGAGGAGAGCUUGAUCCUUGGGAUGGACCCCAAGUUCACCCGGCCAGACUGGAUAAUCAUCACAGUCAUGCCUGUCCCACCGCUCUGUGUCAGGCCGGCUGUAGUCAUGUUUGGCUCAGCUAGAAAUCAGGACGAUCUGACACACAAGUUGGCGGACAUCAUCAAGGCCAACAAUCAACUCCAGAAGAAUGAACAGAAUGGUGCUGCUGCCCAUAUCAUAGCUGAAGACACAAGGAUGCUACAGUUCCAUGUGGCUACACUCUCUGACAAUGAGCUACCAGGAUUGCCUAGGGCCAUGCAGAAGUCCGGGCGGCCCCUCAAAUCAGUCAAGCAGCGACUGAAAAGCAAAGAGGGUCGUAUUCGUGGCAACCUGAUGGGUAAGCGUGUAGACUUCUCAGCCCGUGCUGUGAUCACCCCAGAUCCUAAUCUGUCCAUCGACCAAGUUGGAGUGCCCAGGACUAUUGCUCAGAAUCUGACCUACCCAGAGAUCGUCACACCCUUCAACAUUGACAAGCUCCAAGAGCUGGUGCGAUUGGGUCACAACCAGUACCCAGGGGCUAAAUACAUCAUCCGAGACAACGGUGAGCGUGUAGACCUGAGAUUCCACCCAAAGACAAGUGACUUGCACUUGCAGUGUGGCUACAAGGUUGAGCGACAUCUUCGGGAUGAUGACGUGGUCAUCUUUAACCGCCAGCCGACUCUCCACAAAAUGUCCAUGAUGGGUCACCGGGUCAAAAUUCUCCACUGGUCCACGUUUCGUCUUAACCUCAGUGUCACAACUCCUUACAAUGCCGACUUUGACGGUGACGAAAUGAACCUGCAUGUGCCCCAGUCCAUGGAGACGCGGGCUGAAGUGACUGAGAUCAUGAUGGUACCCCGCCAGAUGGUAACCCCGCAGUCAAACCGACCUGUCAUGGGUAUUGUGCAGGAUUCCUUGACAGCUGUCAGGAAGUUUACCAAGCGUGAUGUGUUCCUACAAAAGGAGGAGCUGAUGAACCUUCUGAUGUGGUUGCCCAACUGGGACGGCCACAUCCCCCAACCGGCCAUCAUCAAGCCCCGCCCCAUGUGGACAGGCAAGCAGAUGAUGUCGCUAAUCAUCCCUUCCAACAUCAACCUGAUCAAGGCUCACAGCACUCACCCAGAUGAGGAGGACCGGGGUCCUUACAAAUGGAUCUCUCCUGGAGACACUAAGGUGCUGAUCAUCAAUGGGGAGCUCAUCUCAGGCAUUGUUUGUAAGAAGACCAUCGGUGCGUCUGGGGGAUCGCUGGGUCACGUGAUCUUCAUGGAGCGGGGUCAUGAAGUCACCCGAGACUUCUAUGGCAACAUCCAGACAGUGGUCAACAACUGGCUACUUCUGGAAGGCCACAGUAUCGGUAUUGGUGACUGUAUUGCCGAUGCACAGACCUAUGAUGACAUCCAGAACACGAUCCGCAAAGCCAAACAGGAAGUCAUAGAUGUCAUUGAGAAGGCCCACAAUGAUGAGUUGGAGCCCACACCGGGCAACACACUCAGACAGACUUUCGAGAAUCAGGUGAACCGUAUCCUGAACAAUGCCCGUGACAAGACCGGUGGUAGUGCCCAGAAGAGCUUGUCUGAAUUCAACAACUUCAAGUGCAUGGUGGUAGCUGGCUCCAAAGGUUCCAAGAUCAACAUCUCCCAGGUUAUUGCCUGUGUAGGCCAGCAGAAUGUAGAAGGCAAGCGUAUCCCCUUUGGUUUCCGUCACCGCACACUCCCCCACUUCAUCAAGGAUGACUAUGGCCCCGAGAGCAGAGGCUUUGUAGAGAAUUCUUACCUUGCUGGGCUGACCCCCUCUGAGAUGUUCUUCCAUGCCAUGGGUGGGAGAGAGGGUCUGAUUGACACAGCUGUCAAGACUGCAGAAACUGGUUACAUCCAGCGUCGGCUGAUUAAGGCCAUGGAGAGUGUCAUGGUGCGCUAUGACGGCACACUACGUAAUAGCAAUGACCACCUGGUGCAGCUACGUUAUGGUGAGGAUGGGCUGGAUGGUACCAAAGUAGAGUUCCAGAACCUUCCCACCCUCAAGCCCUCCCAUAAGGCCUUUGAGAAACGCUUCAGGUUCGACUGUACCAACGAAAGAGCAUUGCGCCGUACCUUGACUGAAGACAUUGUCAAGGAUGUAGUUGCAAAUGCCCAAGUUCAUCUGGAAAUUGAGAGAGAGUAUGAGCAGCUGAAGGAGGAUCGGGAGGUGUUGAGGAAGAUUCUGCCCAUGGGAGAGUCUAAGGUUGUGUUGCCAUGCAACUUGGAGCGCAUGAUCUGGAAUGCACAGAAGAUCUUCCACAUUAAUACCAGGCACACCACAGACCUGCAUCCACUGAAAAUUGUAAAAGGCGUUCGUGAGCUAUCUAAGAAUUUAGUGGUGGUAAAGGGGGAGGAUCGCAUCAGCAAGCAGGCCCAAGAGAAUGCCACCUUGCUCUUCAACAUGCUGCUGCGCUCCACGCUCUGUUCCCGUCGUGUCAUCGACGAGCACCACAUGACCAGUGAGUCCUUUGAUUGGCUGCUGGGUGAGAUUGAGACCCGAUUCAAUCAGGCACUGGUUCACCCUGGUGAGAUGGCAGGUCCCCUGGCAGCCCAGUCCCUAGGUGAGCCAGCUACCCAGAUGACCCUGAACACCUUCCACUACGCCGGUGUGUCAGCUAAGAACGUGACCUUAGGAGUACCUCGCCUCAAAGAGAUCAUCAACAUCUCUAAGAAGCCCAAGACACCUUCCCUGACUGUCUUCCUGAUCGGCCAGGCUGCACGAGAUGCUGAGAGAGCAAAGGAUAUCCUGUGCCGAUUAGAGCACACCACCUUGCGCAAAGUGACGGCAAACACGGCCAUCUACUAUGACCCAGAGCCCCAGAGCACUGUCAUUGAGGAGGAUCAGGACUGGGUCAACCUGUACUAUGAGAUGCCAGACUUUGACCCUACUCGGAUCUCCCCAUGGCUGCUUCGUAUUGAGCUGGACCGCAAGCGCAUGACGGACCGUAAGCUAACCAUGGAGCAGAUAGCUGAGAAGAUCAACGCAGGCUUUGGUGACGAUUUGAACUGUAUCUUCAAUGAUGACAAUGCUGAGAAGCUGGUGCUGCGCAUCCGAAUCAUGAGCAGUGAUGACAGCAAGUUUGGCGAGGAAGAGGAACAAGUGGACAAGAUGGAAGAUAACGUCUUCCUGCGUUGCAUUGAGUCUAACAUCCUGACUGACAUGACACUGCAGGGGAUUGAGCAGAUCAGCAAGGUGUACAUGCACUUGCCACAGCAGGACAACAAGAAGCGUAUCAUCAUCACAGAGGAGGGAGAGUUUAAGGCCAUUCAGGAGUGGUUACUGGAGACAGAUGGGACCUGUAUGAUGAAGGUACUCAGUGAUCCUGAGGUGGACCCUGUCCGUACCUUCUCCAACGACAUCUGUGAGAUAUUCCAGGUUCUUGGCAUUGAGGCUGUACGCAAGUCCGUAGAGCGUGAGAUGAACCAUGUCAUCUCCUUUGAUGGCUCCUAUGUCAACUACCGGCACCUGGCCCUGUUAUGUGAUGUCAUGACUGCCAAAGGUCACCUGAUGGCCAUCACACGCCAUGGUAUCAACAGGCAGGAUGUGGGCGCUCUCAUGAGGUGCUCCUUUGAGGAAACGGUGGAUAUCCUGAUGGACGCAGCAGCUCACGCUGAGGUGGACCACCUCAAGGGCGUAUCUGAGAACAUCAUGCUGGGCAAGCUAGCUGGGGUGGGCACUGGGUCCUUUGCACUGCUGCUGGAUGCUGAGAAAUGCAAGCAUGGCAUGGAGAUCCCUAUGGGAAUGGGUGGAGGACUCGGUGGAAUGACUGGCAUGUUCUUUGGUGCGGCUGCAUCACCAUCUGCCAGUAUGUCACCUCAGAUGACUCCAUGGAAUCAAGGAGCAACCCCAGCUUACGGUGCAGCAUGGUCACCCAUGGGAAGCGGAAUGACCCCUGGAGGUGCAGGCUUUAGCCCCUCGGCCCAAUCAGAUGCCAGUGGGUUUAGCCCUGGCUACAGCCCUGCCUGGUCUCCGCAGCCAAGCUCCCCUGGUUCCCCAGGCCCAACCAGCCCAUACAUCCCAUCUCCAGCCAGCCCAAUGUCGCCCAGCUAUUCGCCGGCAUCACCAUCUUACAUCACUGGUUCCCCGGCUACCCCACAGAGUCCGGGUUACUCCCCUACUAGCCCCUCCUACUCACCAUCAAGUCCUGGUUACUCACCAACCAGCCCAAGCUACUCGCCCACGAGCCCCAGUUAUUCCCCGACAAGUCCCAGCUACUCGCCCACCAGCCCUAGUUACUCGCCAACAAGUCCAAGCUACUCACCCACCAGCCCAAGUUACAGCCCCACUAGCCCCAGUUACAGCCCAACCAGCCCAAGCUACAGCCCGACGUCACCCAGCUACUCCCCAACGAGCCCCUCCUACAGUCCCACCUCUCCCAGCUACUCACCAACUUCACCCAGUUACAGCCCCACCUCACCCAGUUACUCCCCAACCUCACCUAGUUACUCCCCAACCUCACCCAGUUACUCACCUAGCUCUCCCAAAUACUCGCCAACAAGCCCCAGCUACUCGCCAACCAGCCCCAGCUUCUCAGCCAAAUCGCCCAGCUACAGCCCAACUUCGCCCAGUUACUCUCCGACCUCUCCCAGCUACAGCCCAACAUCUCCUGCUGGGUACUCCCCACAGUCUCCCAGUUACAGCCCUGGUUCGCCCAGUUACUCCCCCUCCAGUCCUAAGUACUCCCCCUCCAGCCCGUCCUACAGCCCAACCUCUCCAAGUUACAGCGGGGCAUCCCACUUCACUCCUACAUCACCAGAGUACAGCCCGACCAGCCCUACUUACUCCCCUGCCAGCCCAAGCUAUUCCCCAUCAAGUCCCAAAUACUCCCCAUCAAGCCCCAAAUAUUCCCCAGCAAGCCCGACUUAUUCCCCACAGACACCCAAGUACAGCCCAACGUCCCCAUCAUAUUCCCCUACAAGUCCCAAGUACAGUCCUGGUUCACCUUCUUAUUCUCCUACAAGUCCACAGGAUUCUUAUUCCCCCAUGUCACCUGGUUACUCCCCUGCAUCCCCCUCUUACAGCCCUAGCAGCCCAGAUAUCGAUGGAGCUGAUGAUUAGAUUUCUCUCAAGUAAUACUCUGUGUACUGAGUCAUAUGUUACUCUUGUAGGACAUGGUUGUCUGGUUUGACACAUUAACUCUUAAACAAUAUAUGCAGGAUGUCUGUAUUGAGGUAGACAAGUGACCUCUUUGAGGCUAAUGCUUGAUGUCACUAUGUGUUGGGAGUCCAGCAAAGUGAACAUGGGUUUGGGGGAAGUUGUUUGUGUUAGUAAAGUACAUGUACAUAUGUGGAGCAAUACACUAUAUCCAGACCUGACAAGCGCUUGACUAAAAAAAUUUUUUUUAUUACAUAUAAAGAAAAAAGUAUGUUGGUUAAUUAAAAAAAGGUUCUUUGUACCUUGGAAAAAGUGAUUAGCAUGUAUACAACUGUGAUGUUUCAAUCUUGCAAAUCACUUGAUUUAGAUAAGUUGUCUUGCAGAAUAUUUAAACUUUAAGUAGUUUAGGUAAAGAUACAAUUGGCUAAAGGCUGGCUUUUUAAUUACUUGGAUUACAGAUUUUUGAGAUCCCGAGAUAUUGGGGGGGGGGGGGAUGUGACUGUUGGGGUGCCCAUUAUAGCUUGCCCAUAGGGUGCCCCCAGUAUUUGGACACAGUAUUCAGACACAAAAGUGUUUGAACAAAAUGUCGUCAUGCAGUUUUACUGCAUAUAAUUAGAAAACAUUUGCCCUGUAAAAGGAUCGAACAUUGCUUUGAUUAAAUUAUGAAUUUAAUGCGCAAUAUGAUUGAUAUUAACCAGAUUUUUUCAAAAUCCAAUUUUCUUUUUGGUGGCGGAUCUUUAAUCCAUGUUAUUAAAAAAAAAAGCCUUAUUUUCUUUACUAAAAACUAUGCUAAGUUUAUUGCAUAUUUCAUAAUCAUCUGUACAUGUUUGUGCUUUAACCAAACGUUAAAAAACAGUUCAAAGCAUUUUAUAAUUAAUGUUGUACUGGCAUGAGUUAAUAAACAAAAUAGACUUGGAUGUUGGUACAAGUUUAAUUUUACCUCAAUUCACAAAGCUUAAUAUUGAACUGCUUCUCAAGUGUUGAUGAUCAAACAUUUUGACCCGUACAAGUAUUAGAUCCAGUCCUUUUGCACAUGAAGCUGUGUGGCCUUAUUGCUUGUGCAAUUUACGAAUCAGUCACAAGCAGGACAUGUAUAUAUCACUAGCUACUGUGGCUACUAAUCUAUUUUUCUAAGUGAAGAGUUACAAUUUUGAUUGUGGCUGCUUACCAAAAGUCUUUAGCUGGUUCGGUUCAUUUGCCAAAACAGAUUUUUUGGUGUUUUUUUUUUUUUGGCAAAAUGUGUCAAUUCUCAACAAAUUUAAUGUGCCUGGCAGGGGCAGUGGUUAUCUUAAAAAUGUUAUUUUAGUUGUAACGUGUGCUUUAAAUGGUUACAUAUUACAAACUUAUACCUGUGCAAGCCCAGUCACAUGAGACCGUAUUGUUUAUUAUCACUUGAUAACCUCUACGUGAGAGUCAACACACAAACCUGUUUUACUCUUAAAAAGUUGCAUCAUUCUGUAGAAAGUACAUUCACCUUUUAAAUUGAUGACACUCACAGAAAUUGUUUGGAGGCUGUAAAACUGGAAUAAGUACAAUUACCUGUAAAUCGCAUGAUUUGGUAAUACAGGGGUUCGUUAAUGCUAACGAUGCUGUAAACUUGUGGACACAUUUGUUGGUGGCAAGACUAUACAUGUAGGUAAAAGGUGUACAGUUCCAUGUGGUAGAAGUAAUAUUGCCAUUGCAAAUUGUGAGUAAUGAGAUAACAUAAAUGUACACCAAGUUACAUGGAAAAGAUCCAUAAGUGUGCUUUUUUUCUUCUAUUCAUAUUACAUUGGAGGAUUUGGAAAAAUUUGGUAGUGCUGUGCAUUCUCGAUUAAUUUAGUACUCGGUUAUUUAAUCUUGGAUUUGAUGAAAUACAUGUAUUAGAUCACAUUUUACAUGUGCCAUGCACCAGCCUAAAUUGAAUGUACCGAUUGGAAAUUGGAUACCGUCGGGCAAUCAGGAUGUGUGUGUAUCUGUUCGAAUUUGACAAUGAGCUUAUCACACAUGAAAGGUCAGCUGACAAGCAGUACAUGUAACAUGCAAAGGUGGCUUCUUCCAUAUGUUUGCUCAGUCUGUCCCCCCCCCCCCUAAAAAACAAAACAACCAAUUGUAUACAAAUUCAUGCGCUUGGAGGUUCCAUGACAAAUAAUGGAAUUCAUGGUACAACAGUGGAUUCAAGAUAGUUAGUACUACUGGUUAUCCAAAAAAGUGCUUUAUCAGAGAUAAGGUGAAUGUACUUGGUAAUUUCUGGUUCAGAAUUAGUGGAAUAGUUUUUAACUCUUGUUACAAAGUGAACAGGAGCUGCAGAUAUUGUGCACAUCCUAGUUUCUCAUUGAGCUGUUCAAUUUCAAAAGUUGCUCUUUAAAAACUGCAUUAUAAAUAUUUUCAAUAGGGAUUGAGUUCAUUUUCUGCACAAUUCUGAGGGAGUUGGGGCUAAUUUGAUUUCAGGGAUGAAUAAAAAAAAUUGUUUUGUGCUCACAGAGCUGAACAGCAUUUUAAAUGCUGCAGUCACAGUUAAGUAAGUAAAAAUCUGUCAAAAUAAAACAAAACAAAUAAAGAUAAACCAAUGGUUAAUUUCAGAUGGCUUGGUUUCAUUUUGUUAGAGAAAUUAAUUGUAAACAAACCUAAAUUGUAUAUAUUUUCUUAGUAUGAAAUAAAAUGUUAAAAAA